AUGGCGACAACAGAACACGAGAACAACGACGAGAAUACACAAGUAACAAUUUCUCCAGUUGAAAAUGUUCUGACAACUCCAGAACUUGUAUCCCAUAUAUUUUCUUUCCUUCUUAUCGAAUCUCUUCUCACAACCAGAAACGUGUGCCGUCAAUGGCGUACAAUUGUCAACCUUCCAACAACUUUUGCACAAUAUAUCAUUUAUCUAAAAACUGAAAAUUCGCGUCUUUCGAGCACUAUUCAUGCAUUAACUGGAACGAUCAGUGAUAAUGAGGAACGAAUUCAUGAGCUUGAAGAAGAUAAUUACAACCUCGAAUGCAAAGUUGAGGAAAUUAGAAGUGAGUGUUUGGAUUAUGACGAAAUACGCGAAGAAAAUGAAAGACUCGAAUACAAAAUUGAAAAGCUUGAAAGUGAGUUGGGAGAUUAUGACGAAAUACUCGAAGAGAAUGGAAGACUCGAGUAUCAAAUUGAAAAACUCGAAUCCAAGAUUGAAGAUCUUGAAAGCGAAUGGGGAGAUUAUGACGAAAUAUGCGAAGAGAAUAAAAGACUCGAAUCCAAGCUUGAAGAUCUUGAAAGCGAAUGGGGAGAUUAUAACGAAAUAUGCGAAGAGAAUAAAAGACUCGAAUCCAAGCUUGAAGAUCUUGAAAGCGAAUGGGGAGAUUAUGACGAAAUAUGCGAAGAGAAUAAAAGACUCGAAUCGAAAAUUGAAAAACUCGAAUCCAAGAUUGAAGAACUUGAAAGCGAAUGGGGAGAUUAUGACGAAAUAUGCGAAGGGAAUAAAAGACUCGAAUCCAAGAUUGAAGAACUUGAAAGCGAAUGGGGAGAUUAUGACGAAAUAUGCGAAGAGAAUAAAAGACUCGAAUCCAAAAUUGAAAAACUCGAAUCCAAGAUUGAAGAACUUGAAAGCGAAUGGGGAGAUUAUGACGAAAUAUGCGAAGAGAAUAAAAGACUCGAUUACAAACUUGAAAAUCUUGAAAGAGAGUGGGGAGAUUAUGAUGAGGUGUGUGAGAAGAAGGAAAAACUAGAAUUUAAACUUGAAAAACUUGAAAGAGAGUGGGGAGAUUAUGAUGAGGUGUGUGAGAAGAAGGAAAGACUCGAGUAUAAACUCGAAAAACUUGAAAGAGAAUGGGGAGAUUAUGAUGAAGUGUGUGAGGAGAAGAAAAGACUUGAAUGUCGAGUUGAAAGGCUUGAAAAAGAAAGAG